AUGGCGAACAUAAACUGGCGCACCAUAAACAUCGACGCCUACGACCCCGAGUCCGCCACCAACUUCGACCUCGCCUCCGUCCUCCCCGCCACGCUCCCCGCGCCCUCCAACUCCGCCGAAUCCGCACAAAUCGCCCAGCAGGUCCGCCAACUGCUGCGCGCCGGCGACUCCCUGGGCGCGCUGCAGUCGGCGCUCGAGACGGCGCCGCUCGCCGGCGACGAGCAGGCCAAGCAGGUCCACACCACGACGGUUCUGGAGGUGCUGCAGGGCAUCCGCCAGAGCGACGUCAGCCGGCUACUGGGCGAGAUGCUGAAGCAGCCGGGCGGCGCCGCGUUGGGCGACACGUUGAUGAAGUACCUGUACAAGGGCAUGGCGGGCGGUGUGGGCGGCGGGAGUGGGAAGGGGAUGAGCCCGCAGGCGACGGGGAGCGGUGGCUUCAGUCAGAUACAGGCGAGGAAUUUUGGUGAGGGUGGGGGUGGGCAGACUAUGAGUGUGCUGCUGAGCUGGCAUGAGAAAUUGACUGAGGUCGUGGGUCUGGGCGGCAUUGUGAGAGUCAUGUCGGAUCGGAGAACGGUUUGA